AUGCGGUGGCUUCCAGCUCUAUUCUUCCAUGGCAGUAAUGCAAAGCAAUUCGAGCACUGGUAUCCAUUCUACCGAUGGACCUUAACUCAAGAGGGAGAUGCCCCCGCCUGCCUUCAAGAGCACGAGGACGCCGUCGAGUUAUUGGGUCCAGAACACUCAAUGACAUGCAAAAACCUGAUCAACUGCAUUUAUAACAACACCAAAGAGAUCGACAAGGCGGAUAUGUCAUCUGCGUUGGUUCUGCUCGGUCUAACGCCAGCAGUUAUAGGACAGAUAGGCCCAACCAUCCACAACAAGGCGCAACUGUGUUAUCAGAAUCCGAUUCUUGGAUUCCUAUGUGUCCUAGGUGCACCUGCGAUUGCUUUCGGGAUGCCGUGGGCAAAGACAGAUCCUAGAGAGCCUACUGGAGGGAACACCUUUGUUUCUGGGGAGAGGUGGUUUUUUAAUUGGAUGUUUUGCCGCCCUACGCAAACACCUACGCAGCAAGACAAAACGCAAAAACCGUCGAUAUGGCUGCGUUCGCUAAAAUAUUCAAUUCAUUUACUGAAAUAUUUGCUUGCGGCUGGUGCUGCGGUCAACGUUUUUCUCAACGCUUGGUCUCUAGGUGAUCAAACGAUUGUCAGCUGGAAAUGCACCUCUUCAUAUCUCGAGCUUAUCUGGGUCGGCACUACCUUGGGUCCAAUAUUCUUCGCGGUAGUAGGUUACUCGAUGGAGGAGUCUGAAUGCACUUGGAGCAAGUCUACACCCUGGGGCUUAGGGGCCAGAUUCUCUUAUUCUCUAUCAAAUAUCGGUGGUGCUGUGCAUGUUCUUUUCGGAACAUUGACGUUUUCGUCAGUCCUUUUCAUUGGAACGUUGGAUGCGUUGGGGGUAGUGGGACGGUUAACAGCUUCCGCCCUUGUCUGUCAAUUUAUCACAGCGCUGGAGUUGGAGCGUGUGGAGGACGAAAGAGAGGAAGAGAGAGCGAACAAAAGAAAGAAAAGCGAGGUCACUGUUGCAGAGGGAAUGACGUGCGGCAGUUGUUAG